CGAGACAAUCACAACGCAAGGCCAUAUAGACGGUGAAAACGCGGUUCAUCCAAGACUAAAAACAGGGAUCAUCAACAGUAUGACGACAGAAUUUCUGCCGCAAAUCAGUGCGGGCCAGUGCGUCGCAACAAAGCUAGUGUGACAUGGUGCAACGUUUCAACUACUGUCUCAGACAAAAAUAGGAAAUAACGCUUGAAGUGCUUGGUCAGAAUACGGACAUACCAAAUAUCAAUCCCCUCCCCAGGGCUUCUCGAAGGGACGGACCCUUUGAAGGGGGAGGGGGACUGGGCAGUUUUUUUUCCAAAUUUUACGUUAAACAAAUUCUUGAACAAGCUAUCGCCCACCUAAGAAAAUCAUGCACAACCCAGAAAAUUGCUUAACCCCACUCCUUCCCUCAAUUGAAUCAUGGUCCAUCCCAUAUCCCUAAAAACGUAAACCUCAGUGCGCGGAACCGGAAAUAAAACUCUUGAAAACCGAGGGAAACUGGUAGUAACCAGUGUCGCCCCAAAGUCACGAGAAUAGAGUCACGAGUGGGUCACAUGCGAGACAGUUUUCCUGUGCCAGGAAUAUCACUUUCCUGCAGUUUCUGCAUGCUGUUGGAGCGUGGUGGGAACGAUGAAGUGGUGCAAGGAAUCAGUGUUAACACUGCUCUUUAGCGUCGUUAUUUUGUCCUGUGCCAAGGAUAACCAAUGUCCUGGAAGCAAAGCAAGUUGUCCUGAUGACUCCACUUGCUGUCAUCUGCACGACGGCAGCUAUGGUUGCUGCCCUAUUAAGAAUGCCGUCUGCUGUCAGGAUUCUGUUCACUGCUGUCCUGCUGGAUACUCCUGUGACGUUAUAAAGGGUGUCUGUCAGCUGCGUGACAAGUCAAAGCCUUUGCUGAAAAAGAUCCCUGCAAUUCCAACUGUGAACGAGAUUGCUGAAGGGAAUGUUGUCAUUUGUGCUAGUGGUGAGGGGCAGUGCCCCCCUGACCACUCCUGUUGUUCUGUACCAGGGAGUGACCAGGUCCACUGCUGCCCUGGUGGAUACUCGUGUGAGAAGGGCCUGUGCCAAGAAUCCAGUAUUGAAUUUCCUGCAGCCAUCUUUACUUCAUCUGCGGCUAAAAUUGUGAAAUGCAAUCAGGAGUUUGCUUGUCCUGAGAGGCACACCUGCUGCAAAGCUGAUAAGAGCUACUUGUGCUGUCCUUUCCCACAAGCUGUUUGUUGUUCUGACCACCUGCAUUGCUGUCCAAGAGGUUUCAAAUGCUCUCCUGAUGGGAAAACCUGCUCAUCAGGUGUUUAUACCCUACCUGCUCUUUCUGCGUCAUCACCAAUGUCUUUGAAGAAAGGUUUUAGUAAACUUCUGCAUCUGAUGAUGGUAAAGGUUGCAAAAAGAGGAAAGUCGCCCUCUGUAGAGCGUCCUAAGUUGUCAGUUGUCAAGGCUUCAAAAAUGCGUGACAGUGUUGUUUGUCCUGAUGGUGAGUCGGAGUGUCAAAGUACCCAUACAUGCUGUGAAAGUUCUUCAGGGCUAUGGGGCUGUUGUCCACUUCCACAUGCACUUUGUUGCAACGAUGGGGUGCAUUGCUGUCCAAAAGGAUACUUUUGCUUUCCUUCAGCUGGAACUUGUUUAAAGGAAACCAAACGAAUUGCUGUAUUACAG